UAAUAAUUGUAAAUUUUACCAUAACACCGUAAAAAUGGCGGACGACAUGUUCGGAGAUUCCGAGCUUUUUGCCGAAUUCGAUAAAGAAAGAGAGACUACAGGUUCAUUUAUACUUUACGAAAAGAAUGAAGACGGCUUGCAAGAUCAAAGUAAGUUUGUGUUUCAAAUGAGCGAGUCAUCGUCCUCUGAAGAUAGCGAGGAUGAUUCAGAUUUGGAGCCCGAGAGUGAGAAACUGAAAGUGAAACAAGAAUCGGGACCAAACCCGGCCCUUUUGAAACCAGACAGCAAUCAUGGCUCAAAUUCACAGGUUCUUCAACAGAAUGGGACUGAGCGAAGCAGUGAUUCAGAAAAUGAACAAAAUGGCGAAAGCGUUGUGAGCAAAGAUCGGCAGGAAAAAUUGUCAACAUACAAGCUAAAUUUUGAAAGAAACAAAUUUAAAAGAUAUUGCAACAUAAUAGACUCCACAAGGUAUAUACAUGAUGAAGAGUCAGCUUCAGUGCAAAUAUUGUUCCAAAACAACAGAUUUUCAAGAAAGUACAAGACUCAGAUAGAAGACUUUGUUAAACAGCUGAUUGAACAAGAUGCUUGUGGUGACUAUGAAACACUGCAAAAAUUAGAUCUCAAGAGCUCUGUGGCCAGUUGUGCUGAAUUGAAUGAUAAAAUUCCUGUAGAGAAAAGAACUGACAGAAUGUAUAAGGCGCAUGCUAUCAUAGGCUGCUCACAGUUUUACAGAUAUUUUGUAUUGGACACGCUAGGAUGGCCGUUAGUGGAGUACAAUCCGUCACUUACAGAAUGCUGGGAUAUACCAGUUUAUGAACAAGUUUUAACAGAUGUGCUACCAAUAGAUGAAGUUGAGAAGAGGGCAAUUGCUAGAAAAAUGGAAAAAGAAAGAAUGAAGCCAAAAUGCUGGAACUGUGAUGGGGAUCAUAUGAUAGCUGAAUGUAAAAUGCCGAGAAAUCAGGCUAAGAUUAAUGAGAACAGACAGAUUAUGAUGGCAAAUAAACAGCAGAAGAACGACGGUCCAAAGUCGGCCAGAUAUCAUAAAGAGACCUCAAGUGAGGAUCCUAAAUACAGCAAGUUUAAACCUGGUGUAAUUAGUGGUGAUUUGCGCGAAGCUCUUGGAAUAGAAGAUGACCAGUUACCUAUUUUCAUCUACAAAAUGCGAGCCCUGGGAUAUCCUCCGGGGUGGAUGGAGGAGGCAAAGUCAGCACCGGGACUGUCAAUGUUUGACAAGGAUGGAAAUGACAUGGACGAGAAUGCAGAGGAUGGAGAGACUGGGAGAGAACCGCAGCUUGAUGUGCGCAAAAUUAUAGAAUACCCUGGCUUCACGGUGGAAGCACCUGCUGAUGUUGUUGAAGAAGCAGAGAUUUAUGGUCUUCCACCGUUACAGCCACAUCAACUGAAAGCCACAUUGAUUGCACACACUGAAAUGCAGGAGGCCACGAAGAGGGAAUUAGAAGAAAAGGAGGAAGUUCAGGCUAAAAGACUGAAACUCAGUGCAGAAGAAAUGGAUCUAGAUGAAGAUGGUGCGUCAAAGGAAGGAAACAUUGAAUAUAACCCACCCUUGCCACCUGAGACUCCGCCCGGUAGACCGCCCAUGCCUCUCACAACUCCCCCUCCAACACCUGACGAAACUUCAAGACAAUCUUCAUUAAACUAUUCCAGAGAAUCUAGUCUGGCGCGUUCUGAAUCGCCAUCAUUGGAAGAAUUGGAGGAAAAAUAUAAACUGUUGCAAAAGACUCUAAUGAAUGAUAACGAGGACGGAGAGUUGGUCGUUUUAGACAGCUGCGAGGACGAGUCCUCACAGUCGAGUCUCGCGGGAGAAAAAUCGUACAAUCCUAUAGAUCUUGACUCCUGUGAAGAAGGGGAUACAUCUAAAAAUCCGAUUGAGAUUGCAAACGAUUCAAUCGAAAGUGUGGAAGAUUUUGAUUUUGUGAAACCACAUCUUGUAAGAACUGGUUCCACCACUUCAAUACAAACAUUUGGUGAGCUGGGUACCGGAAGUCCAUGUAGUUCAAAUCCGGGAACACCAGUUAACGCUCCUGUUUCUAUAGACUAUAAACCUCAGUUUAAAGGAUCAGUGUCAGUCUCCAAAGACUAUGGUACACCAAUAUUAAAGAGGGCUGGAAGUAUCAAUGAGUUGCCCAUGGAUUCAAAGUUUGCUCAAGGAAUCGAAGACCAUAUUCCAUUUGAAAAUCUUCCAGAUUCGACAGGAAGAUUCAAUACAAUACGGAAAAUUGUCGAUAAAAUACGGAAAAUUAAACCUAUCAAAAAGCGGAAGAAGUGAUGGGAUAGGAAAUGUUACUUUUAGUUUUAUCUAAUCUAUUCAAAGAAUAGAGAAAGAAUCCUACUCGGCUUCACAUCAGCAUUUACUUAACACUAUGUUUGGAUUUUAUAUGCAAUUUCGUAUCCCAUUUACCACUAACGGCACUCACUUGAAACUCAUUAUUAUGGUAGGUCACAGUCCAACGUUCAUCAUUCUAUCAUUGAAUUUGAUCAAAGUUCUGAACAAUAUUGGUUACAUUUCACAAGAAAGUACUGUUUCCAUACUCUGAUUACAAUUGUAGGUUGGUGACAAAGGCUGGUAACUCUAGCUUUGAUGUUAAUUAAAUUAUUCCCCUUUUUAGCUUCCCUGUCACAAAGUGACAGGGUGAG